UCCUCUUGCGAUAGAUGAUUCGUAAAGAUUCAGUGGAAACUUCGUAUCGUCGUCACAACAGCGCAACUGCUGAAGUUUAUACGUCACUUGUUCGUAAUAUCAAUCAAUUUCUAACUUAUUUACGUUUAAGCGUCAAUUACACCAAUUGGAUAUAAGUUUUUGGAAAGUCUUUGGAAGUGAUCAAGUGUUUUGUAGUGGUAGAAAAUGAAGGAAACAUUAAUCGCGCUUUGCGCGAUUUUAGCUGUAUCCACAGCUAGAAUAGUUAUUACAGCAGAAGGAGAAAAUAAACCCAAUAAAUUGGGAGCUCAAGAAUGCACAUGGGGACCAGCUUAUUGGUGUCAAAGCAUAAUAACUUCUGCAAGCUGCCAUGCCACUCAUCAUUGCAUUAAGAAUAUUUGGGAGAAAAUGGAAGUUCCGGAAGAUAAUGAUACAGUUUGUGGAGUCUGUAAAGAUAUGGUACAACAGGCACGAGAUCAAUUGGAAAGUAAUCAGACUCAAGAAGAUUUGAAAGCAGUCUUUGAAGGAAGCUGCAAGUUGAUUCAUAUUAAACCAAUAGUGACGGAAUGCAUAAAACUUGCUGAUCAAUUCAUUCCUGAACUUGUGGAGACUCUAGCUUCUCAAAUGAAUCCAUCUGUAGUAUGUUCAGUAGCAGGUCUUUGUAAUUCAGCGCAUAUUGAUAUGUUACUGCGUGAAUAUCAAGAACAAACGUCAGAGAAUAUGAAAUUAAAGUCCGUAUCAUUGGAGAAAGAUGAACUUGAACCUGAUGAAUGUUCUAAAUGUUUUACAAUUGCAACCCACAUGGAAUAUAAUUUAAAGGAUGUACCAAGGGAUAAAAUGUUGGAACAAAUGCUCAACAUCUGUGGAGAUUUCAGCUCAUUUUCAGAUGCUUGUUCGUCCAUUAUCCUCACUCAUUUCAAUGCAAUUUAUUCUCAUCUCCAAGAUAACUUUAAUGCACAGAAUUUGUGCCAUUUAUCAGGCCAAUGUAGCGAUAAAUUCCAUAAACAUGAAGAUGGAACUGUAAAACCUAUAAAUGUAGAAGUGAGACCACUAUCCAGUGUUGGUAUGGUUGAAGUUAAUGACGAUCUUCCAUGCAAAUUAUGUGAACAGCUUGUAGGUCAUUUAAAAGAUUUGUUAGUAGCAAACACUACAGAAGCUGAAUUUCAUUUAGUACUUCAGGGUCUUUGCAAACAAACGAAAUCUUUUGCCACUGAGUGUAGGGCGAUUGUUGAUGAAUAUUACCCAGAAAUAUACAUGUAUCUUACGAACAAGUUAAAUGGCAAUGCUAUAUGUCAAAUGUCUGGUAUCUGCCCCAGUCCAGGAAAAAGAAUAAUUGGUCCAAUUGCACCCCUUCUUUCUGCAAAGGCAACAGAAAUUGGCGUACGUAUUUUAAAUAAUAAAAUGGAACAAGAAGUUGAGAAGAAACAUCACAAUACAGAAAUAGAAGAAAUGCAAUUACCAUUUGAAAGAUACGGUGUUUCUUUCGGUAGUUCUAUUGCGUCACAACAAACAGAUAUUGGAAGCAAAGAAGGAUGUGCACUAUGUGAAUAUAUACUGCAUUAUAUACAAAACGCUAUUACGGAUCCUUCUAACGAGGAGAAAGUGAAAGAAAUGUUUGGAAAAAUAUGUAAAAAAUUACCAGAUAAUAUUGAAAAUGAAUGUCAACAAUUUAUUAACACUUAUGGAGAUGCAGUUGUAGCUCUUUUAGCUCAAGAAAUCGACCCAUCUCAGGUAUGUCCAAUGAUCAAAGUAUGUCCAUCGGAAGAGCUGAUAGAAAUUUGGAAUGAAGCUCCUAAAGGCUACAUAAUUGAAACGCAUGAUAAGCCAAGCUGCCCGUUGUGUUUACUUGCUGUAACACAAAUUUAUAAUGCUAUUAAGGAUAAUAAAACAGAGAUGAAAAUAAAAGAUGAACUUAACAAAUUAUGCAAUCAUUUGCCAAACACUUUGAUAGAUCAAUGUACAGAUUUUGUAAAAGAGUACAGUACGGAACUAGUCGAAAUGUUACUUGCUGAUCUUACACCGCAAGAAAUUUGUGUUUAUAUUAAAUUGUGUAAUCCACAAGAAGAUCCAGGACCAAGAAACUUCUUCUUAACUGAUAAAGAUGGUGAAAUAAUGACAAAUGAGAUACCUGAUUUUCCACUACAAAUGAAUACUAAAAAUAAAGUAAAAAACAGUGCGACAUGCGUUAUUUGUGAAUUCGUGAUGCAGUAUGUUGAUAAAGCAAUGAGCAAGAAAAAAAAUAGAGAUGAAAUAGAAAAUAUCGUUUAUAAUGCUUGCAAACAUCUUCCAAGAACAAUUUCUGAGGAAUGUAACAAGUUCGUUAGCCAGUAUGUUGAUGUUGUGAUACAAAUUCUUUCGGAGGAAGUUUCACCAAAAGAAGUUUGUACGAUGAUCGAUUUGUGUACAGUUGAUCCAAAAAAAUAUAAGAAUCUGUUAAAUCUCUUAGAUGUUAGAUCGGUUAGAGGAAUUCGCUUUGUCAAAACAUCUGGAUAAUCCUAAAGUAGAUAGCAUAUAAACACAUAAGCAGUGAUGCAUCAUGAUAUUUCUUAAGAUAAGAAGCUGAUUAUAAUUGUAAUAAUAUGUAAACAUUUUAUGUUCGUGACAAUUGGCUUCAAAAAAUAUAAUAAAUAAAAAUGAAUCGAUUGUCAAGGACAUAGCGAAUUAAAGGAUCUUCCACCUAAA